GAACCUCUUAUUUGACCCCUUCUACCUUGGUUACCGGUGACUGGUUUCCUGCCAAAGCACGCACAGCCUUGUGCUGAAGACAAAAAUCGCUGCUGCUGUCCCCAACUCCCACAAAAGCUCAAGGCGUUCUCAAAAUCCCCCAUCUCUCUUAAUUCCCAGGUGCCGACGGGAAGAAGCUUGUAGAGGCAAAAUUUUGAAAUAUAAGGAUUCCUCCGCACAAACAUUAUUACUGUAUUACUUUAAAGUUGAUAUCUUUUGGAUUUUAGUCUGGAAUGGCUGCUUGUACUUCUACAUGCUUUAUAACUUCGGAUAUAUGGUGCUCGAGGGGGGGACGGGCUGCUCUUGGAGGGAGAGUUAGUCCUUCGAAAAUGCUCAUUGAAAGGAACGGGUCUUUGAGUUUGGGUGCUUCUCGAAGGAGUUGUUUGGAUUGGUCAUUGUUCAGGUGUUCUGCCAAUUCCAAUAGUUCACCCAAUGCUCGUAGUGCGAAUCAGUAUCAGAGUAAAGACCCAUUUCUCAACCUGCACCCAGAGAUUUCAAUGCUAAGAGGUGAAGGGAACAGUAAAAUGGUGACCCCAAGACAGGAAAAUUUGAUUGAAAAUGUUACCGAGAGCUUGAAAGACUUGUCCAGCGUGAGUAAUUACAACGAGGCUAAGAUUAAGGUUGUUGGAGUUGGAGGCGGUGGGUCAAAUGCAGUGAACCGGAUGAUAGAAAGUGCAAUGAGGGGGGUGGAGUUCUGGAUUGUUAACACUGAUAUACAAGCCAUGAGAAUGUCACCUGUGUUUUCUGAGCAGCGUUUGCAAAUUGGUCAGGAGCUCACUAGAGGACUUGGUGCUGGUGGGAACCCAGACAUUGGAAUGAAUGCUGCCAAGGAAAGCAAAGAGGCUAUUGAGGAAGCAGUUUAUGGUGCUGAUAUGGUCUUUGUUACCGCUGGAAUGGGUGGUGGAACGGGGACUGGUGCAGCCCCUGUAAUAGCAGGAACUGCAAAGGCAAUGGGGAUUUUGACCGUUGGUAUCGUCACAACCCCCUUUUCAUUUGAAGGGAGAAGAAGAGCAGUUCAAGCCCAAGAAGGCAUUGCUGCUUUAAGAGAAAAUGUUGAUACUCUGAUUGUCAUCCCAAAUGACAAGUUGUUAACAGCGGUUUCCCCAUCUACCCCUGUGACAGAAGCAUUUAACCUGGCCGAUGACAUUCUACGUCAAGGUGUUCGUGGCAUAUCUGAUAUAAUAACGAUACCAGGAUUGGUAAAUGUAGAUUUUGCUGAUGUACGUGCUAUUAUGGAAAAUGCUGGUUCUUCAUUAAUGGGGAUAGGGACUGCCACAGGGAAGACCAGGGCGAGAGAUGCUGCAUUAAAUGCCAUCCAGUCUCCUUUACUAGAUAUUGGUAUUGAGAGGGCUACUGGAAUUGUAUGGAAUAUAACUGGUGGCACUGACUUAACAUUGUUCGAGGUAAAUGCUGCAGCAGAGGUCAUAUACGACCUUGUUGAUCCAAGCGCCAACUUAAUUUUUGGAGCUGUUGUGGAUCCCUCAAUAAGUGGUCAGGUUAGUAUAACUUUAAUUGCCACUGGAUUCAAACGGCAAGAAGGUGAUGAUAAGCCCGCCCAGGCAAGCCAGCUAACUCCAGGAGAUGCCACCAUUGGCAUUAACCGACGGCCUGCUUCAUUCAUGGAAGGUGGUUCAGUAGAAAUCCCCGAGUUUUUGAAGAAGAAAGGACGUUCGCGGUAUCCAAGAGCUUAAAAUCUGUUUCUCUCAAGAACAAGCUUGCACUGUUGCAGGGUUUCACUAAUGAUGAGCUAAGCUCCGGCUAGAAAGCAUUAAUCCAUCAGACAAUUAUCAAGCUAGUAGUAGAAUAAGUUAGAGGGGAUGCGACGAAAGGACAAAGUUUUAUAGAGACAAAUUUUCGAGCUUGUGGCGUGUGUACAGUGUACUUAUUGUAUUUCUUUGAUGCUUAGUUGAUCGCUUCCAUGAUUAUGCAAUAGAGGCCAUUUUGUUAUUCCAUUUUGCUUUGAAGUGAUAUUCCCUUGAUUCACUACUUCGUCUCAUUCUCUUUUAUUCACCUAAGUUUGUUCUAAUCUAUAUUUGGUUCAAAUUCAUUCAUAUUUUAUAAAUUCGAUAUCAG